AUGGCGGGUACCUGGAGAAUCUGUGUUUGCUUCUACUGCUGCCUUCACUGGCUUUCUUUUAGCAUCCAGGGCUCCCCUCACUCCAGGGCACGCGUAGCCUCUGAGGACACCAGCAGCGAGCUCAAUCCGUGGCUGUGGCUGCCCAAAGGUGUCAGACGUGGCUAUGCCCUCCUGCCUCCCCUCCUCAAGGUGCUGUCGGACCGGGAGCACCAGGUCUGGGAAAGUGAGGCCCCCAGGCUGCAGCCGGACUCCAGAGCCCUUCGGUACAUGAAGAGGCUGUAUAAGAUGUUUGCUACCAAGGAGGGAAUCCCAAAAGCUAACAAAAGCCACCUCUAUAACACUGUCCGGCUUUUCACUCCCUGUUCUGAAUGCAAGCAGCGCCCCAGGGCCCUGAUGAAAGGAGACAUUCACCUGCUGGAUUUAUUCUUCAACCUGGAUCGUGUCACUGGUCUCGAACACUUGCUCAAGUCUGUCCUGCUCUACUCCUUUGACACCUCAGUUCCUAUCUCCUCUUCAGUUACGUGCAUGUGCCAUUUAUUUGUCCAGGAGCAUGAUCUUGCUGGCCAGGUCUGCCCCAGCGUUUCACAUGCUGUAGCUUUUAGCCUGCACUUUGAAGUCAGAAAACACAAGUGGGUUGAGAUUGAUGUGACUUCUUUUCUCCAGCCCCUAAUCGCUACUAACAGGAGGAAUAUUCACAUGGCUGUGAACUUCACUUGUCUGAUGGGUGAUCCACAACAGAGCACUAACCUGGAAAAUCCUGUUAACAUGGCACUGGUUCCCCCUUCUCUUCUUCUUUACCUGAAUGAUACCAGUGAGCAAGCUUACCACAGGUGGAACUCACUGAGGCACAGAAGGAAAAUCCCAGUGCGGCCCAGGCAAAGGAACAGUCUGCUUGGUGACCCUUUGGGUGACAAAGGAAAAGAGACUUCAGAGGGCAAAAGGGCCUCUCGACGGCGGAGAGAUGGGAAUGGGAAAGAUGCACCAGCGACUUCACCCUCUGAUCUGAGUGAGUACUUCAAACAGUUCCUGUUCCCUCAAAACGAGUGUGAGCUUCACAACUUCCGCCUGAGUUUUAGCCAGCUCAAAUGGGACAAAUGGAUCAUAGCACCACACAGGUACAGCCCCCAAUACUGCAAAGGUGACUGCCCGAGGGUCGUUGGGCACCGUUACGGCUCUGCUGUGCACACCAUGGUACAGAACAUCAUCUAUGAGAAACUGGACCCGUCUGUCCCGAAGCCCUCCUGUGUUCCUGCCGAGUACAGCCCACUGAGCGUCCUAACCAUAGAGCCUGAUGGCUCCAUCGUCUACAAAGAGUAUGAAGACAUGAUAGCUACUAAAUGCACUUGCCGGUAG